UGGGUCGCACGGAACCAUUCCCACGCAUACACCCAAAACGCCCAACUGCAAGCCUGGUUUCCAAGAAGGUGCUAACGUCGGUGAUUGGACAGAUUAUAAUUCAAUCAGGAAUUCAAUUUUUAGUUCUCAUAAUUAUACACAAUCAAUCAUGACAGUUAUAAAAAAUUUUGAAAACUCGAUAUUAUUUUUAUUAUCUUGUUUUCAAUACAUUAUUAUCGCAGCGGUAUUUAGUGUUGGACCUCCAUAUAGAAAAUCGAUGAUCACAAAUGUUCCAUUUAUAAUCACGACAGCCUUUUUUACUCUCCUCACUGCAGUAAUCCUUAUAUCACCUUCAAGUGUUUUCAUAAACCUUCUAGAGCUUGAGAACAUUGAUUACACCUUUCGAUGGUAUCUAUUGGCUAUUGUAAUAGCUGACUUUUUUAUUUCAUUAUUUAUGGAGAAAUACGCUUUCGAUGUCAUUUCGCGAUGGAUAGGUACUGGUAGAGCCAAGUCUGACAAAAAAAUGUUUAAAAAAAUAUUAGCCGAAAUGGACGCUAAAGAGCUAUAA